UCUCACAUCCCACUCGUUCCAUUCUUCUGUUUGCUUAAUCUGUUAGGCAAUUAAUGGAUGCUUGGAAUUUGGCGUGCGUAUUCAGAAAUGUUCUGCCACCUGAGGCCUUUGAGAAGGCUGGCUGUUGCCUCCUGCAUGGUGCAUAUGUGCGUGUCACAGAAAGUAACCCCUGUGUCUCCGACAGGUUCUGCCAGAAGACCCUCCCUCACUGGCUUCAUCACUCGAGAGCUUUAUCAGGAGCAGAAGCCGUCAAUGCCUUGAGGCCUUUCUACUUUGCAGUUCAUCCUGAUUUCUUUGGACAGUACCCCAGAGAAAGGGAAGUCAAUGAAAAUUCUCUUAAGAGAUUAAAUGUCUACUUAGAAAAUCUCCAGAAACCAGGCUUCAAGUCUCUGAAACCAACUCAGCUUACAUUUUAUGUAAGGGAAAAAACAACCCAGAGCUGCUCUGAAGGCCAGGAGGCUGUCAGUACUGCCGGGUUCCGAGCAGUCAGACUUACUUUGCGCACCAGCGAUCUGCUAAGCACAGUGUUGUAUAUUCUCAACUCCUGCAGUUUGUCUGUUGAACACGUUCAAAGCUUGAACACUCGUGUGCACUCGCAGCCUCUCAGGGGCGCCGCGGCCAGGCCUGACAGACCCAUCAAGUGGCACAAGUCUUAUUACUGCUACCCUGGGUUCAGGGACCCUGAUGAGGACCUGGAGCAUGUCUCAAGAGUGGAGACAACCCUAACGUCCUGGUUAGGUAGCAAUGAGAGGAGUGCUGUUAGAAAACUGAAGAGCAGUUUGCCACUUAGGAAGGAGCUGGAUCGUCUGAAGAAUGAACUGUCUGACCUUCUGCAACUUUCAGAUAUCAGGUGGCAGAGGGGCUGGGGAGUUGCCCAUCGCUGUAGCCAGCUGCACAGUCUCAGCCGCCUAGCACACCAGAAUUUGGAGCCACUUCAGAAUGCAAAAGGAUGCACCAUCGUAUUCACAGACCGCUCUGGUAUGAGUGCGCUGGGCCACGUGAUGCUGGGAACCGUGGACGUCCACCAUCACUGGACAAGACUUUUUGAAAGUUUGCCAAGUUAUUUUGACCUUCAGAGGAGAAUGUUGGCCUUAGAGGACCAAAUAAGCAAUCUUCUUGGGGGCAUCCAAGUGGUUUACAUCGAGGAGCUGCAGCCAGCAUUCACACUUGAGGAGUACUGCUCGCUCCUCGAUGUGUUCUGUAACCGGCUGCUGAGAAGCAGGCCGCCUUUGCACCCUCACAGUCUGAGAGGCCUGCAGAUGAUCCUCAGUAGUGAUACGUACGCACCAAGCUUACAUGAGCUCGGGCAUUUUAACAUCCCAGCACUCUCGGAUCCAGCAAGCUCCCAGUCCUUCAUGAGGACCAAAGCCCAGCAGGCAAGGGAAAACAUGACAAGAAAGGAGAAGUUAAAAGUUAUUGAAAAUGAAUUGAUAGAGGCUUCAACAAAGAAAUUUUCUCUGGAGAAGUUAUAUAAAGAGCCCAGCAUUUCUAGUAGACAAAUGGUGGAUUGCUGUAAGAGACUUCUAGAACAGUCACUGCCUUAUCUGCAUGGGAUGCACCUCUGUGUAUCACAUUUUUAUUCUGUUAUGCAAGAUGGAGACCUGUGCAUCCCAUGGAAUUGGAAGAAAGAAGUUAUGAAGUAACACAGAUACCUGAAGAAGUGAGAAAGUGUUGAGUUUAUUUAAACUCCGUUUGACAUAAUGUUAGUAUUUACGUGUUAGAACAAAGUUUCUAAACUGCUGCUAUGAAACUGGGGUAGGUUUUUAUUUUUAGUGAUUUUAUGCUAAGAAACUUGUUUUUAAAAAGUU